AUGAUUAAUCAAGGCAAAUACUUGGGACUCCCAAUGUUGGUAACAAGGACAAAGGACCAAAUUUUUGGUUUCAUUAGAGACAAUAUCAAAAAGAAAUUGGGAAGCUGGAAGCAGAGGUUGCUCAGUCAAGCAGGAAAGGAGGUUCUGCUAAAAGCUGUGACAUUAGCAAUGCCAACUUAUGCAAUGUCAUGCUUUAAACUACCUCUGAAGCUAUGUAAAGAUCUCAGUGCACUGAUGGCAAGUUACUGGUGGGGAAACAAUAAUAGGAAGAAUAAGAUGCAUCCGUGUUCUUGGAGGAAGGUGACUCAGAACAAGAGCCAGGGAGGACUUGGACUCAAAGAUUUGGCCAAUUUCAAUAAAGCAUUGCUGGGAAAGCAAAUUUGGAGAUUACUUACAAAUCCAAAUUUGCUUAUCUCCAAGGUUCUGAAAGCUAAAUACUACCCUAAUGGCUCAAUAUUCAAGUGCAAGUGUCCCCAAAAUGCUUUUUAG